AAUUUACAGAGACUUGCUGCAUAGGUUAUUUGUUCCAGCUAGCUACAACUGUUUAGCAUUCUUGAUUUCUGUUAACUAUUAUUUUAUUCCUGUAAACUGUUUGUUACAUAAUGUUUAUUUUUCGAUUUUGUUUCAUUUUUUUUCCAGUGUUGCAUUUGUUACUAUGUCAAUCCAGGCUUUUACCUUCCCUAUACCCGAGACCAGGUUUUUCCUGGCUGAACAACAUGUUUUCAAAUUCAAGAUAAGACGAGGAGACAUGAGCAGCAUUGAGGAGGAGGACAUGCUGAAUGGGGCGCUAGUCAGUGAGGAGCUGGAGAAUGCUGUGCGUGCGGUUCUGGCAAACUUAGAUGAUCUUCAUCCUUUCACAACUCAAAAUUUCAACAUUUUUCCUUACAAAAGGAAAUGGGAACAAGUGUCCAAAAUGAGGUUCAUAAAAAAGGGUCUAGAACUUAUCCCAUAUCCCUUCCUAAUAACACUGUACGUGGAGUAUCGUGAACCAGCCUUUCAACACACAGGUGAGAGCCCUCUCUACUACUACACUUCUACACUAUACGAUCUCUUCGCUACAAUACAUACUUGA